CUUUCUUCUUACCCUUUUCAUCUCUUCAUUUCCUUCCACUAAACCCUUGAGAAAGGUUUUUUCCAUUGUUAUCAAAACCAGACAGGACCGGCCGGUCAGCCCACAAACCGGAUUCGAUCAGUAAUCCGGUUUUGAUUACCUCAAAACGAGAACAAUCCUGCCUGACUGGGUACUAAUCGGUUCGACCGGUUAAUUGGGAGACCCGCCUGACCCGUACCGGCGGUUUUGAUUGAAUUAAUAUUGACCAAAGAAGGUUUGGCAGGGAGCAAGCGUCAAUGGCGUGGAUUGGGCGAUGGAGAAGGCGACGAUAGAGGCGAGAGUAGAAAGUGGAAGCGGUGCUCCUCGUGCAAGGUCCAAUACACCUUACAAUUGAAAAUUUUGUAUUACUGAUUUUGUCACCGGUAUUAUAUCGAUUAAUCAACGAUUAUCCAAUAAAUCUUAAACUUUUCGUUAAUCCGGUUUGCAGUCUAGUUUUGACAACACUGAUUUUUUCUACUUGAUCAAUUUUGAUAAAGGAGGGCUAUAAAACUCCAAUCACCGGCACCGCGGGGAAAAUGCACGGGUCACUCAGCGGGCUGUCGGCAAUUGGGCCAACCAGAGGCUCAAGCAUCAUUGACUGACUUCACGCAUCCCAAGACCCAAACUCUAGGUCUCCUGCUUAACCAAACUGGACGGACCCGAUCACGACACGUUUCAUUUAUAAUUCCGGUCCUCGGACUCGGGUUAACAGACUUGAAUCCGGAAGAAAUAUAAACCCGAACCCGACACGUCGGUCAGAAAGAUAAAACGUGAACGAUUAACUAAACUAAAACCUCCCACCACUACCACCGCUAGAACUUUCUCCCUCUCCUCCUCCAGUCCUCCCAUUUCUCCCCGUCUCUCUCUCUCUCUGUUCCAAUGUAAAAGAAAGAGAUUGUUAUACAAUCUUUGUCUCCUUUUCCUCCUCUAAUUCUCGGCGCGAAACUUUUCUCGCGCUUCUGAUCCGGAGAUUUGGCGUUCUUGGGUUUUCUUCGAGCUCCUUCAACAGUAUUGGGUUGAGAUUAUCUGUGUUCUUUGUCCCCGCUGGCAGAUCGCGGGCCAGGGGGGGAUUCAAUUGCCGUUCGAUUUCUUGUUUCGUGGGCGUUGAACGGAGCGGUCUGAUCUCCCCAAUUCCGAGCGAGGUUUGUUCUCUCGGCAACUUAUCUGCUUCUUUUAAUUUUUUGGCAUGGUUAUGGGUGUUCUGAAUCCGGGAUAGUUCGCGCUUUAGGGUUUUAAGCCGUUCUUUGGUGAAUGUGCGAUGAUUUGGGUGCUAUUGAUGUGAUAGGAAAAGAAAGGAACUUGGGUAAUGGGUGAGCUUUAAUUUGCUCUAGUUUUCUGCUUGCUAUUAUAUGCAAUGAAACCAUCAUUCAGUGGAAAGCUUCAACGGACAUUUUGCAGGCUUUGUGCUCUAGGAAUUGAACCCCAGAAGUCUCUUUAGUUCAAGGUUGUCCUGUUUUCAAGCUUCUCCAGAUGUGCUAGUAAAUUAUUCCUUGGUAUCUCCUAUCGGCCAAUCUGAUCUUGAUGAGGAAGAAAAGGAAAGGGAGUGAAUGUGAUGCCUGUGAGGAUAUACACGAUAGAACUACAUCGCCCAGUGAUCAUGGCGCUACUAAGGGAUCUAAUUUGAUAUCCUAUUACUCAUUAGAAGAUUACAAUAGGAUAAACAAGAGGUGCAAAGAAGAUGCGGGUGAUGAGCCGAUCAAUUCAUUCAAAAAUAGGCUUGCAGGUGUUGCUACCGCACCACCUUGUGGUGCUUCAUCGUCCUUGGUGUCUCCUGGGAGGGGGCUUAAGAGAAAGAUAGGGUGUAUAGAAGUUGCAACUCAGACUGGUAGAAAGAAUAAGAUUGAGGAUGACUAUAUUUUUGGUGCCACACUGGGACGGGGCAAGUUCGGAUCCGUUUCCUUGUGUACAUCAAGGACAUCUGGAGUGGAGUUUGCUUGUAAGACCUUAAAGAAGGGGGAGGAGACUGUUCAUAGGGAGGUGGAGAUAAUGCAGCACUUAUCUGGACAUCCCGGGGUUGUGACCUUGCAUGCUGUCUAUGAGGAGUCGGAAUCUUUUCAUCUUGUGAUGGAAUUCUGUUCUGGAGGGCGAUUGAUCGAUCAAAUGGUGAAGGAGGGUCGGUACUCUGAGCAAAGGGCUGCUAAUAUAUUCAAGGAUGUGAUGUUAGUGAUCAAGUAUUGCCAUGAGAUGGGGGUUGUCCACAGAGAUAUAAAGCCUGAGAAUAUACUUCUUGCUACCUCGGGAAAGAUAAAACUGGCAGAUUUUGGCCUGGCCAUGAGAGUUUCAAAUGGUCAGACAUUAUCUGGUUUGGCUGGAAGUCCAGCAUAUGUUGCACCUGAAGUUCUGCAAGGAAAUUAUUCUGAGAAGGUUGAUAUAUGGAGCGCUGGUGUGUUACUACAUGCCCUCUUGGCUGGUGCUCUUCCAUUUCAAGGAGACUCCUUAGAUUCUGUCUUUGACGCUAUAAAAACAGUGAAGCUUGAUUUCCAGUCAGGGAUAUGGGAUUCAGUGUCCAAACCUGCACGUGACCUACUUGCAAGAAUGUUGACUAGGGAUGUUUCAGCGCGGAUAACUGCAGAUGAAGCACUGAGGCAUCCAUGGAUACUGUUCUACACAGAGCGCACACUGAGAUCCCUGUCUUUCAAGACAAAACUACGGCAUCAGGGUCGACCAACUUCGAGCCAAGCCAGCACUUCACAUGUAUCAGAGUCGGGUAGAAGCCAGGUUGUAGUAGGUAGCUCGCUCGUCGAGGGUUCCUGGAAGCAUGCAGUUUUAGAUAGCUUAACCUGCAAGUCAGAAGAGGAGGAAGAAUGUGAAUUUGUGGAUGCCCUUGCCCUGGCCAUUUCUCAUGUGGAGAUCUCUGAGCCAAAAAGAAGCAGGUUGUGCAGCCCAUCAAGUCCGAUAGAGCAGCAGCAAUGUUCAUCUAACAUCACUGUCAGCACUCUUUGUAGAGCGUUCUGAUCUUCUGCUGAUGCCGACUGACUGACGUCGCUAACUUGAUUAUCUCCACUGUUAUUUUUUCGAGCUGGGGAUUCACAAAAGGUUGACAGACAAGAAGAAAUGGCCCCUAGUUGGAGUUAGUUCUCAGUGAGCGGACAACGAUGGUGGUUUAUAAAGUAGGCAUAAACAACCAUGUGAUGGUCGGUAUAUGGUGGUGGUGUCUUCUCCCUCAAUAACACAUCUCUCUGUGAAGAUCAUUCUCUUUAUAUUGCUAUUCGUGUAUUUGACAAUCUUACCUAAUAAUAACUAGUGUGGUGACAACUUAGAUGAGUUCUGUACAGAAUUUUGUAUAUAGAAGAUUGCUAAUGAAGCCCUUUUAUUCUA